AUGGGGAAAAAAUCCUUUGAUGAUGGGCCGGCCGUGACCUUGCAACAGGCAACCAAGAUGCCCUGCCCAUGGUCGGGCAUGGAUGUGGUCAAAGACAGGUUGGUAAAGAACCAACGACUGCUCGAAGGAAUCGAGAAGUCUCCAACCAAGGAUGUUCAUCCCAGUUUGAAGAACAUCGAGAAGAACGCCGCAAUCCUCCGGCCAUUGGUGGAGCAGAUGAAAAGCAUGAAGCGAAUGAGCGCUUGGCCCAUCGAGGUAUAUGGGGUGCUUUGCGUUGCAUUUUACGAAGGGCACAAAGAGUGCUACAUCGGACGCCCUGGCAACGAGGGUUUCAAUCCGGAGUCAUGGGGAUUCCAGCAGGCUUGGACGAUGCAUAAGAUGAUCUCUGCAUUGAGAACGAAAGCACAGCGGGACGCGGCAGCAGCGGAGCUGGUGAGCUUGCUGCGUGAUGCCAAGAGGCUUCGUUUGGAGGAGCUUCAAAUCCAGAACCAGCUCACCUACCCGAAUCCGCCUGAAGGCCCGGAGUAUGCUGAUGAGGACGAGUGCUGCGAGGAUGAUGAUGAUGACGAGGUCUGCAACGACCCGCCUGAUGAUGUGUUUGAAGCAUAUGGGCUUCUGGGUGACACUUUGGUUGACGGGGUGCCUGGUGUGCUGGACGAUGCUGCUGGUGGCCAUUCCGAGAAGGAGACGGGCCCCCCGGUGAGGGUGGAGGCCUCGGCUGCUGGACGUGAGGAUGUUGAGGUGAUCCCUGAUUCACCGGACCCAGCAACGGCAUCCUCAAAACGGCUCAAGACCCAUCUCCUUGAGGGCCUGCGACCGCAUAUGCUGCAGAUGCUGCUGGAGUCCGCUGAGCAGAAGAUGGCCACUGCUUCGACUUACGCUCCUUCCGCUGGCAGCAGGGAGCGCAGAACAAGCACAUCCAGUCUCGAAGCCGCCGUGUCGGUGGAUCUAGGCUCGCCAGUUCAGCUGGACUGCCCUAUGGUGGGGAACACACCUUCUCCGGCCCUGCUCAAAGAUCUCAAAGGAAGUGUGAAUGCGGGAGCAGCCGAUGCAAGCAACGAGGACACGUUGCCGGCAAGCUUCGAGGAGAUGGAAGCAGUGGCUGCAGCAGUGUCUGGGGCGCUGCAUCGCAAUCCUGCUUUGAAGCGGAAUGUGUGGGGGGAUGGUGUUGAGCUUGAGGAGCCGGCAAGUCGCCGGCACUUCCCCACGGAAGAAGCAAAAGCUCCAGAUAGCCCUUUCCCCUUGGCCAGGCGCACACCUGAAGCUUUGGAAAGCCCUUUCCCCCUGGCCCAGCGUACCCCACCUGAAGCUUUGGAAAGCCCAUGCCGGCUUCCCGCGGACCCGGGCUCCCCGUCGGGUGACACACCGAUGCCAACCGUCAGUCCUUUGGAGGUGACGAUCAGAUGCGAAGCCUCGAGCAAGCCCGCCAAGCUAAAGCUGAGCGUGGCAGAGGCGGCAGAGGUGGCAGAGGUGGCAGAGGUGGUAAAGGCAGCAACAAAGGCCGUGGUAGAGCCGUGCAGGCAGACAAGGGUGCAAGCGCAGAUGGGCGAGGUCGCAGCACAGGCCGUGGUGCAGGCCGCGGUGGAGGCCGCGGUGGGGGCCAUGGCGGCAAGGGCCGUGGCAAGAAUACGAAGGGCGGCCAAAUGUCGCCAGAGCGGGAUGGGAAGCGUUGAUGAGGCUGUCGAUGUGCCGCCUGCCCCGGUGAAGGUGAAGAGCAAAGGGACCAAGGAUGGCAACUCUAAGACGGCCCAGCCCAAAGUGGAGGCCAAAUCCAAGGCUAAGUCGAAGGCUAAAGCCAAGGCCAAGACGCAGGCGAAGCGCGGAUUGGAGCCAUCGAUGGAGCCUUCGACCGAGAAGCUGGACGAUGAGGAGAGGCCUGAGAGUGUUCACUCUCCGAUCCGCCCCAGGACCCUUUUCAAGGGCUGCAGCCCUAGCAAGCCUAUCUUCAACACGCCAGCGAGACGUGUCAAGAAGGAUGAUCGCAAUGCCAAGGGCCGAGGUAAGGGUAAGAAAGGUAAGGCUGCGAACUCGAAGCCUUCCCAGCCCUUUGCUUCCGAGUACCUGCGCCAGAACCUAGACACGCUUCCGAACUCCUUCGCCCGCAGACCGAUUCCGAGUGGUGUGCCAGCGUUGGAGCGUUAUUGCCGGAUGGUGAGGUCUUUCCAGGAACAAGUGGAGAAGGAGCUAGAGCCGGGAAUGAAGUGCAAGGCUGAGUACGAUUUCUGGAACAUGGUCACCGAGUUCAAAGGCUCCCACCCCCCGAUCGACUCCGACGAUUACCGCUACAUCGAGCAAGUGCGAGAUGUUUGCAACGAGAACCUCGGCUGA